AUGUUUCGAACGAUACCGCGACGACUCCCCCGGCCCUCCCUUGCAAUUGCCCCCCGUCUGGCCGUGCGCUCGUUCGCAUGCGGCUAUCCUCGGAUGUCGUCACCACCCGUACAGCCCCCGGAAAAGGCUGGUGCAGCCGAGGAUGCCCUUUUCGAACAGCAAGUCCGUGAUGUGGAGGCAUGGUGGAGCUCGCCGCGCUACGAGGGCAUCAAGCGGUCCUAUUCGGCGGCCGACGUUGUGAGCAAGCGUGGAUCGUUGCAGCAGACAUAUCCCAGCUCCUUGAUGGCGCGGAAAUUGUUCAAUUUGUUGAAUGAACGUGCGGCGGCGGGUGAACCCGUGCAUACUAUGGGUGCUAUUGAUCCUGUACAGAUGACCCAGCAGGCUCCCAACCAGGAGAUUCUCUACAUUUCUGGUUGGGCGUGUUCGUCACUUUUGACUUCCACCAAUGAAGUCUCUCCCGAUUUUGGCGACUACCCAUACAACACGGUGCCAAACCAGGUCCAACGACUGUUCAAGGCCCAGUCGAUGCACGAUCGCAAGCAGUGGGAUGCGCGACGAAAGAUGUCUGCUGAGGAGCGGAAGUCUACACCAUACGUUGAUUAUAUGCGACCAAUUGUGGCGGACGGUGACACUGGACACGGUGGUCUGUCGGCAGUUCUCAAGUUGGCUAAGCUUUUUGCUGAGAACGGUGCCGCGGCUGUGCAUUUCGAGGAUCAGCUCCACGGCGGAAAGAAGUGUGGUCAUUUGGCGGGCAAGGUGCUUGUCCCUAUGGGCGAGCACAUCAACCGAUUGACCGCUGCACGAUUCCAGUGGGACAUGAUGGGCUGCGAAAACUUGGUGAUUGCACGCACUGACUCGGAGAGUGGCAAGCUGAUCAGUAGCGCUAUUGACGUGCGCGACCACGAGUUCAUCCUCGGUGUUACUGAGGAGGUGGAGCCCCUGGCCGAGACUCUGCAAGCCAUGGAGCGUGAGGGCGCUUCGCCUGCUGAGAUUGACGCUUAUGAGCUUGACUGGGUCAAGGAGCACAAGCUGGUCUCCUUUGAUGAGGCCGUCGAUGCACACCUCGAAGCUGAGGGUGCUUCUCAAUCUGCACGGGAUGCCUACAAGGCUCAUGUGAAGAAGAACCCCGAUCUUUCAUUCUCGCGCCGUCGUGCCCUGGCCAGCGAUUACACCAAGACCCCGGUGGUUUGGUCUUGCGACGUCCCGCGGACCCGCGAAGGUUUCUACCACUAUCGCGCUGGCUUCCCGGCUGCGACCAAGCGCGCCAAGGAGUUCGCGCCUUACGCAGACCUGCUUUGGGUCGAGACUGGCGACCCCAACGUCGAGCAGGCAGGCACUCUGGCUGGCGAAGUUCGUGCCAAGUACCCCGGCAAGAAGCUCGUGUACAACCUCAGCCCGUCCUUCAACUGGAUGGCCCAGGGCUUCGACGAGGCAUCGCUGAAGUCCUUCAUUUGGGACAUCGCCAAGCAUGGAUUCGUCCUGCAAUUGAUCUCCCUGGCUGGUCUCCACAGCAACGCCACCAUCACGACUGAACUCUCCCGUGCAUUCAAGGACGAGGGAAUGCUCGCCUACGUGAAGCUGGUUCAGUCCCGUGAGAAGGAGUUGGGCGUAGACGUCCUGACUCACCAAAAGUGGAGCGGUGCUCCGUAUAUGGAUGGUAUUCUGGGUGCUAUCCAGAGCGGAAGCAGCAGCAGCAAGAGCAUGGGCGAGGGCAACACUGAGAAGGGUUUCUAA